CGCUCGGCGGCGGGGCCGGUCGCGGGCGCGCGCGCGGCCUGCGGGACAGACGGAGGGAGGGAGCCGGGUUGCCGCCGAGUGCCGCCAUAUUAGCGACCGCGGAGGCCGGGGGAUUCCCGUGAGCUGCGGCGGCGGGGCCUGGCUCAGCGGAGGGGCCUCGAGCGGGCGCGGCGUGUUCCUGGGACCGGCGGGAACCGGCGGGAACCGGCUGGCGACGGGAGCGAGGCAGGUGAGGACACAGGCUGCCCUCGGCUGCGGGCCCCGCCCCGCCCGCCAUGGACCAGGACUAUGAGCGCAGGCUCCUGCGUCAGAUCAUCAUCCAGAAUGAGAACACAGUGCCAUGUGUCUCAGAGAUGCGGAGGACCCUGACACCAGCCAACUCCCCAGUGUCCUCGCCCAGCAAGCAUGGUGACCGCUUCAUCCCCUCGCGGGCCGGAGCCAACUGGAGCGUGAACUUCCACAGGAUCAAUGAAAACGAGAAGUCCCCCAGCCAGAACCGCAAGGCCAAGGAUGCCACCUCAGACAACGGCAAAGAUGGCCUGGCCUACUCGGCACUGCUGAAGAACGAGCUGCUGGGCGCCGGCAUUGAGAAGGUGCAGGACCCGCAGACGGAGGAUCGGCGGCUGCAGCCAUCCACGCCUGAGCACAAGGGCCUCUUCACGUAUUCCCUCAGCAGCAAGCGCUCCAGUCCUGAUGACGGCAACGACGUGUCCCCGUAUUCCUUGUCCCCUGUUAGCAACAAGAGUCAGAAGCUGCUGCGGUCGCCACGGAAGCCCACGCGCAAGAUCUCCAAGAUUCCCUUCAAGGUGCUGGAUGCGCCGGAGCUUCAGGACGACUUCUACCUCAACCUGGUGGACUGGUCCUCCCUCAACGUGCUCAGCGUGGGCCUGGGUACCUGCGUGUACCUGUGGAGUGCGUGCACCAGCCAGGUGACCCGGCUCUGUGACCUCUCUGUGGAAGGGGACUCGGUGACUUCCGUGGGCUGGUCUGAGCGGGGGAACCUGGUCGCGGUGGGCACACACAAGGGCUUCGUGCAGAUCUGGGACGCGGCUGCUGGGAAGAAGCUGUCGGUGCUGGAGGGCCACACUGCGCGAGUGGGGGCGCUGGCCUGGAACGCAGACCAGUUGUCAUCUGGCAGCCGAGACCGCAUGAUCCUCCAGCGGGAUAUCCGCACACCGCCCCUGCAGUCAGAGCGGCGGCUGCAGGGCCACCGGCAGGAAGUGUGUGGUCUCAAGUGGUCCACAGACCACCAGCUCCUGGCCUCGGGGGGCAAUGACAACAAGCUGCUUGUCUGGAACCACUCCACGGUGAGCCCUGUGCAGCAGUACACGGAGCACCUGGCGGCCGUGAAGGCCAUCGCCUGGUCCCCGCACCAGCAUGGACUGCUGGCGUCUGGCGGUGGCACAGCGGACCGCUGCAUCCGCUUCUGGAACACCCUGACGGGCCAGCCCCUCCAGUGCAUCGACACCGGCUCACAAGUGUGCAAUCUGGCCUGGUCCAAACAUGCCAACGAGCUGGUGAGCACGCACGGCUACUCACAGAACCAGAUCCUCGUGUGGAAGUACCCGUCCCUUACACAGGUGGCCAAGCUCACUGGCCACUCGUACCGGGUCCUCUACUUGGCCAUGUCCCCUGACGGGGAGGCCAUCGUCACUGGGGCUGGAGAUGAAACCCUGCGGUUCUGGAAUGUUUUCAGCAAAACACGCUCUACAAAGGAAUCCGUGUCUGUGCUUAACCUCUUCACCCGGAUCCGAUAGACCCGCGGGCGGGAUGCACAGCCCCACGGGGCAGAGAAGGAGCAGCCAGCAUGCGUGGGCCCUGCUGUCCCUGCAGUCCUCAGAGGCAUCUGGCGGGCGGGAGCCGGGCCGGAGACCCCAGAGUCUCAUUAAACGCCUCGUUGUGA